UGAGGGUAUUUAAACUGUACUUUUACCUGAGCAUUCUCCACUCUCAGUGCUGCUACACUGAAUGUGACUCUCAUCAUGUCCCUGAUACAAAACAUCAUCCUGCUGCUGCUCAGCAUCAGUCUAGUUCAGAGUCGUUCUAUAAAGGCAUUGUUUAAUGAGACCUCUGAGGAGACUGAUAACAGCAUUGACCGGGAUUAUUUCUCUGUAUCUGCCAUAAUUGAAAGAGCCAACAAGAAUGUUGGAAAGUUAAAGGGUGAGUUCGCCAUUGUACAUGGUGACAUAGCAGUGUACACUGGGCUCCAGAAUGCAGAUCCAUGUACUUCACGUGGGUGCAAGUGGCGCAAGGGCAGGGAUGGGAAGGUUAAUGUGCCCUUUGUCAUUUCCAGCCAGUAUUCAUGCUCUGAGAGAAGUGUUAUCGAAAAUGGGCUGACGUCCUUCCAAAAGUCGACCUGUAUCCGAUUCAAACCUCGCACCAAUGAAGAAGACUACAUUCAUAUAAUCUCAGACACUGGGUGCUACUCUUUCGUGGGUCGCAGGGGUGGAGAGCAGGUUGUUUCCCUACAACGCAACGGCUGUGUUUACCAUCAUAUCGUCCAACAUGAGCUUCUCCAUGCUCUGGGAUUUAAUCAUGAACAGACUCGUAGUGACCGUGACAAGCAUGUCAGAAUCCUCUAUCAAAAUAUUAUACCUGAACAAGUACAUAAUUUUAAUAAAGUUGACACCAACAAUUUGAACACUCCAUAUGACUACAAUUCUGUCAUGCACUAUUCGAGGUUUGCUUUCUCCAAGAACAGGGAGCCGACCAUCAUCCCCAUACCAGACAAUAAUGUUCCCAUUGGACGUGCCACUGAGAUGAGCCCCAAUGACAUUCUACGUGUCAACAGGCUGUACUGCAGUUAAAUGAGUCACUCUCAACAUCACCAGUGUAUUUCAAAUGCUUGCAGAAUAUGUUCAAGAUUGAAAAGGCUGUGAUGUAUUCUGAUAUAACUUUUCUCAAUUUUCUCAAUUUUCUCUCUAAUUUAACAAAUUAGAAAGCAAGUUGCGAGAGCAGCCAUCUGGGUUCAUUUCACUUAGAGUUUCUAGUAACUUGUGAUCGUUUCUCAGUUCUGCUUUUACAGAGUUUGCUUUUAUUUUCCAUGUGCAGUGUUACAGUCAAUUAAAAAGAGUGCAUACAAAACAA